AUGGAAUGGGGUGUUAAAGAAAAUAGGAUUGCGGUGAUCGCCUUGCACAAAGUGGGUAUGGAGCCGUCGGUCAUAUUCAAGACACUUCAAAAGCUUGGAAUCGGCCGUAUGUUCGUAUAUCGUACUAUUAACAAACACAACAACAUUUCCUCUAUCGAAUACCAUAAAAGAUUGGGGAGGCCACGUGCUUUUAGAUCUACAAAGGCUGAUAAUGCUGUUAAAGCCAGAAUUCGUCGAAAUCCAAAUCCAGAACAAAAAAUCGCGAGAAAUGAAGAUUCCCGCUAG